AUGUUCGCCUGCAGCAUUCUCGCCAUCGUUCUUGUGGCCCUCGGCUUCGGCCAGCACGCCCGCGCCCAGGGCUUCGUCGGCAACUGCACGUGGCAGACCGGUCUGAUGGCCGACAGCUUUCUCGGCAUGUAUUGCAACAACGACGACUGGGCGCACUUCUCUUACCAGUGGACCUGGUUCGACACCAACCUCUGCCUCAUCAACAACGGUGGCUCCCUAAUUCCCUACGAUACUGGCAACUACUGGCCUACGUGCCGGGACUUCUCCGUUCGCGGCAGCAACGUCGACUAUAUCCUCAGUUGCACAUGCUACCAACCUGAUGGCAAGCUUGCCCCGACCACCUAUGAUCUCAACCGCGUCCUCUCGAACCAAAAUGGCUCUCUCGGAUGCUUUGGUCAUGAAGGCAACAAGACCGAGGCGGGGCCGUUCUAA